GUUUCCUUCUCCCGGCGGCGGCGGCGGCGGCGGCGGCAGGGCGGCCUCAUGUCUGCGCCUCAGGCCGAGCGGGGCCCGGAGCCGCCGGGCGGGAAGCGCAGGCCGCACGGGAUGCUGAAGCUCUACUACGGGCUGCCGGACCCGACGGCGGAGGCCUCGGCGGGCCCGGCCCGGGGGGAGCAGGGCGGCCCCACCGACAUCAACGGGGCCCACUUCGACCCGGAGGUCUUCCUCAACAAGCUGCGGAAGGAAUGCCCCCUGGCUCAGCUGAUGGACUGCGAGACCGACAUGGUGAAGCAGAUCCGAGCCCUGGACAGCGAUAUGCAAACGCUGGUCUACGAAAACUACAACAAAUUCAUCUCUGCCACAGACACAAUCCGCAAGAUGAAGAACGACUUCAAGAAGAUGGAGGAUGAGAUGGACUGCCUGGCAGCCAACAUGGCCGUGAUUACGGAGUUCAGCGCCAGCAUCAGCAGCACCUUGCAGGAUCAGCACGAGCAGAUCACCAAGCUGUCGGGUGUCCACGCGCUCCUACGCAAGCUGCAGUUCCUUUUCGAACUCCCGGCCCGCCUGACCAAGUGCGUGGAGCUGGCGGCCUACGGGCAGGCCGUCCGCUACUACAGCAAAGCCCGCUCCAUCCUUCACCAGUACCAGCACAUGCCUUCCUUCCGGGGCAUCCAGGACGACUGCCAGAAGAUCAUGGCUGACCUCGCUCAAAGGCUGCGCGAGAAGUUCAGGGAUGGGGGCUCCGGUGCCAAAGACUUGGCCGAGUGCGUGGAGCUGCUGUUGCAGCUGGGCGAGCCGGCCGAGGAGCUGUGUGACGAGUUCCUCUCCCACGCCCGCUGCCGCCUGGAGGCCGAGCUGCAAGGCCUGGAAGCCGAGCUGGGCGAGGGGCAGCAGCUGAGCCCGGCCGGCGACAUCCUGGAGUUCACCGACCGCGGCUGCAACAGCUUCGUCAGCAACAUGUGCCUGGUCAUCGCCUCGUACCACGAGCUCUUCAUCAACCGGGAAGGCGCCCAGGGGAUCGGCCGCAUGGCCCACGACAAGCUGGUGGCCUUCGUGGACGGCCUGAUGGGGCGCUACUUCGGCCUGGUGGAGCGGCGCAUCCAGCUGGAAAAGGGCGUGGGAGACAACUCCCUGCUGGUGCGGGCCCUGGACCGCUUCCACCGGCGGCUCCAGGCCUUGGCCAAGCUCCUGCCGGCCUCGCGAGCGGCCGCCGAGGGCACGGAGAUCGUGGUGCGGGCGGCCAAGGAGCGCAUCCGCCAGUACCUCCAGGCCCUGCAGAGCUUCUACGUGGACUGCCUGACGGACGUGCGCCAGUCGCUGGCCGCCCCCCGCCUCGUGGGCAAGGACAGCCCCAACCUGGCGGAACUGCUGGGCACCAUCUCGGCCUCCAUCCUCAACCAGAUCAAGUCGGUGCUCACCUACGUCCACCUGUUCACGGCCAAGGACAUCACUUUCUCGAACAAGCCUUAUUUCAAGGGCGAGUUCUGCAGCCAGGGCGUCCGCGAAGGCCUCAUCGUCAGCUUCAUCAAAUCGAUCUGCCAGACGGCGCGGCAGUUCUGCGAGAGCACGGGCGACAAGGGCGGGUCCACGCCCCCAGCGCUGCUGCUGCUCCUUUCUCGCCUUUGCCUGGAUUACGAGACCUCCACCAUCAGCUACAUCCUCACACUGACCGAUGAGCAGUUCCUGGUGCAGGACCACUCUCCUGUGACCCCCGUCACCGGGCUGUGCGGCGAGGCCCGUGAGGCCGCCCAGAAGCUGCUGAAUCACUACGUGAAGGUGCAGGGCUUGAUCAUCUCGCAGAUGUUGCGCAAGAGCGUGGAGACGCGGGACUGGAUCGCCACCAUCGAGCCGCGCAAUGUCCGUGCCGUCAUGAAGCGCGUGGUGGAGGACGCCACGUCUAUUGACGUGCAGGUCGGGCUUCUGUACGAGGAAGGGGUGCGGAAAGCCCAGAGCAGUGACUCCAGCAAAAGAACUUUCUCGGUGUACAGCAGCUCCCGGCAGCACAGCCGCUACGCGCCCAGCUACACGCCCAGUGCCCCCAUGGAUACCAACUUGCUGAGCAAUAUCCAAAAGCUGUUCUCAGAGCGCAUCGAUAUCUUCAGUCCUGUGGAGUUCAACAAGGUCUCCGUGCUGACCGGCAUCAUCAAAAUCAGCCUGAAGACUUUCUUGGAGUGCGUCCGCCUGCGCACCUUCGGCCGCUUCGGCCUCCAGCAGAUCCAGGUGGACUGCUACUACCUGCAGCUCUACCUGUGGCGCUUCGUCUCUGACGAGAACCUGGUGCAUUUCUUGCUGGACGAGAUCGUGGGCAGCACAGCCCACCGGUGCCUUGACCCCGUGCCCAUGGAGCAGAGCGUCAUCGAGGUCAUCUGCGAGCGCGGAUAGUACAAGGAGAGUGGUGCGGUCCGGGGACACAUACAUGGACACUGUCUCACUCCCGCAUGUACGCCACGCCGGGCGGGCAGAGGGGACGGAGGAGGCCCUGCAGAAACCCUCCGCAGCCAAGACCUCAAAACUUGGCAGUCGGCUUGAGAUGAAUAAAGAAUAACUUAAUCCCA